AUGAGGGGAAUAGCCUGGUACGUGCUCAUUCAGCUCGAGGAGCCACUUUAUUUAGAGUGGGAAAUUCCCACGCAUACACAACACUGCAGCGUCUUCCUCUAUAGAGGGGGAGCAUACAGCUGCAAUUAUGACUUGCCGGUGGUAUGUCGAGUCCGUCGUAACAUCAUCAUCUGGGCACAGUGCUCGGACCAGGCCUGUCAUGGUGUCCCUAGUGGUUUCCGUGUAACCGUCCAAGAGCUUCAUUCGGUUCAUAACAUUUGUCGGCGGUCUGAGGCGACCGCUGGCAGUGCGGUACGCGAGACCCCACGGGUCAACGUUGCUAGAGUCAGCGAUCCCCCUAAAGUGGACCAGUUCGGUAUCCUUGAUGGCCCUCUUAUACCUAUUCCGACAGAUGCGAAGUCGUUCGCGGAGAAUCUUCUCGGUGUCACCACCAUCCCUUCUGGAGGCUUGCCAAUUGCGGCGUGCGCGAUAGACGCCAGCUCGCAAUAUUUCCAGUUCCGGGGUCCACCAUUCAUAGCCUCCUUCGUCUUUCUUAACGCAGGUGUCAAGCAAAACUUCCACUGUUUUCACAAGUAUUUCCCUGUACUGCUCUAUUCUAUUGGCAGUUCGCUACAGAUUGAGACGGUCCAUACGGGCGUGCAUCAA